GAUGUCAUCCACAUGCGGAGGGAAUUAAGCUACCUUUUUUUUUUGUAUUAAUAUUUUGGUUUUGAUAUAUGUUAGAGUAAAGUCUCUUGUUACUAUAGGUGACAAAACAUCUAAUAUUGGGUUAUUCAUACCAUAUUUGCGUUAUUCACGCCAUAUUUGUGUUAUUCACGUCAUAUUUGCGUCAUUCACGUAAGAGUGUUGAUUAUUCACGCAACCAAUAAUGUUAGGUUACGUCAUCUGAUGUUUAUUCACGCAUAUUGUUAAUUAUUCAGCCCGUUGUAAAAUAAAAUUUUAAACUUUGAAAUAUAUAAAAAUGAAUGUCAUUGUGUAGAUUAUGAUCAAUGCAACAUAUUUGUACAGAUUAAAUGAUAAUCCAAAUUUAGUUCCAUAAAAUAUAGCCAAUACAAAUUAUUAGGGGGAAAAGGUAUGAAUUUCCAUUUACGUGAAAAACUUACACUCUUACGUAAAUCACCAUAGCAUUACGUGAAUGAACACAAAAUGGCGUGAGUGAGCAUAAAAUGGUGCGAAUGAACUGGUCUUAGUUGUUCUCUCAAACGUUUACCAUACCCUUGGAAUGCGAAAGAAUAUGAUGUCAGCAGUGGCGUACCCAGGAUUUUGAGAUAGGUGUGUCGGCCCAUAAAAAUAAUUUUAAAAAUAAUAAUUAAAUAAUUAAACAUAAAUAUAAAAAUGUAUAUUUUAUUCAUAAAUUUCACCAAUUUUAUUGUGUCGGUGAGUCAUGACGAAUUUUCAUAUUCUGAAGAUUUCUUAAUGACAUUUGUCCAUUAGGUUGCAAAACAAAUCUUUUUUGUGUAAAUAACUAAACAAUUAUUCAUAAAUUGGUCACUCAACUGAUACCAAAUGGAUAUUUUACAAUUGUAGCUUGCAAUUGUAAGAGGUAAAGUCAACACUCAUUGAAGAUGAGAAAAUUAGGAUGGGAAACUGAAAGAGUGGCCACAGGCGUUAACGUGGAAGUUUGAAUGAGAAUGAGGAUUUCACUGGCACUACGCUGACAAUUGGAGGGUGGUGACAAGCGUCAACGUGAAAAGCAAUAACUAAACAAGAUAGCAAAUUGAAAAUUAACUUUAUGAAAAAAAUAUGGAAGACGGGGGAAAACGACAUGGAAUUCACUAUCUAAUUACUUGACUCAACCAGCUUAUUAAUCAGUUCAAUUUUCGUUUAAUUUAUCGAGGUUAUCUCUAAGGUGAUAGCUAUCUCUCUGAAUACUCACUACGUGCUAAGUAGUCAAUUAAUUGUUUACCUUUUUAUAAUAAACUAAUUAACUACCUACUCUAAAGUCCGAUAACUCCUAUAUUUACAUAUUUUAAUAACAUUAUGACAACAAAUUUUUAAUGUAACAAGGUGUGUCGAUUACAAUUAUCAAAGGUGUGUCGGAGGUCCCAUGUUCGAAUUUUUUGUACCAAAAAAAUGUGGGUUCCUUACAAAAAUUUCGGGCUAAGGUGUGUCGGGUGACACACCUUCCUCUAAGGUAGGUCCGCCCCUGGAUGUCAGUAUCACAACUGAAAACAUCUGGUAAUUAUGUGGUAUUCGGUCCCAAAAAUGUGAAGGUGAUUCGAAGCUUACAACCAACUUCUGAUCUGAUCAUGCAAGGGCAGAAGUUAGAGCCUGUCUAUGUAAUGUCAGUAGAAGCUGCUUAUGUUGACAAAACAAGAAGGAAUGAGACAGCAAGCUUAUGGUACGCUCGUCUUGGACACGUUGGCUAUCAGAAGCUCAGGGUGAUGAUGAAGAAGUCCAUGCUCAAAGGACUUCCUCAACUUGAUAUUCGUGACGAUAUCGUAUGUGCUGGAUGCCAGUAUGGGAAAGCUCAUCAGCUACCAUAUGAAGACUCAAAGUUCAAGUCUAACGUCAUCCAUUUCCGAGUAUUUGGUUGUGUGUGCUAUGUGUUUGUAGCAAACCAUGCUCGAAGCAAGUUUGACAAAAAGCAGUCCGGUGCAUUUUUGUGGGUUAUGCCAAUUAAAAGAAAGGAUGGAGAUGUUGUGACCCAACAACAAGAAACUGUUAUGUGUCACGCAACGUGGUGUUUGACGAAGUAUCCUCCUGGUGGUCACCAGAAGCAGUCCUACUUCCAGACUCAAAGGAGAUGGAGGAGAGGUUGCUAGAGAGGUCUAGUGAAGAAGAGGUGAAAACAACAUAAACUUAACAAGGAGAAAGUUUUGCGGGAGCUCAAACUCGCUCCCCUGAAAAAGGCAAGAGUCUUUGGAAAACUAGAGUUCACCAGCCAGUCACAGAAGAAGAACGGCCUAGUCAACUGGAUCAUAUUAUUGAUCCUCAACAAGAGCUCGAAAGGUCGAAGAGGGCUAGAAAGCCAAAUCCCAAAUUUGUCAAUGUACCCAUGAUAGAAGAUAUUGGCGUAAGUGAACCAAUAUCUUACGAAGAAGCGGCAAAACAUGGUGAAUGGAUAAACUCUAUGAAAGAAGAGAUUCAAGCUCUCGAGCAAAAUCAAACAUGGGAACUCGU